AUGGACGACAUGGGAGCACCAGCUGGACCAGAGCAUCCAAAGCAGCUAGAGGAGCCAGUCGACAUACCUGCUGACACUCAACCACCUGCCCCUGCAGUGGCCUCUAGUGAGCCUACACCAGAGGUUCCACCCUCUGCUCCUCAGGCCACACCACAGCCUCCCCCUGUUACUCCACCUACAUCAAAGCCAUCUCCUUCAGCUGAGCCAAGGAUAGCUAUACCCAUUAUCGAGUAUAGAGGCCUAUGCCACACUUUCCAGGCAUUGGCCACUUCUCAGAGUAUCCUCACUCAGCAGAUCACAGCCCUUCGUGCUCAUCAGGAGCAGAUUGUUGCCACUCAGGCCCAGCACACUGCCAUCCCGAGGCAGAUUCAGCAUCAUCUUGGCAUUAUAUCAACUCCUGAGCAUGCCAUUCCCAGCCCACUAGAGCCAUCACAGGCCCCUCCUUUCGUUGAUCAGCCUAUGCCUCCUGAGAAGCCUCCUACGGGAGAGGCAAAGGCAGCUGAACCAUCAUCUCCACAGCAUCAUCCACCCACCAUUUAA